CAACUCACAGUGUUCACACUCCCGCGUAGGUGUGCGGCGGUAGGUGCGAGUUUUAUUUCUUCGUCGCGUGAUCCAAUGAUGAGUACGUGUUCGCAUCGGUCACCCUUUGAGUACAAGUGAUACGUGAAUCGCACGCUGCUCUUCGACGGAUAAUAAGCAGCAGCGGGCGCGAAAAACGAGGCAGGAGUUUCUUGGAAAAUUGACAGCCGAGAGAUAGAACAAAAUUCGAGUGAGUACGAGAACCGGCAAAGAGGGACGAUCAUUGACAUCGAUGAUUGAUAAAUGAACGACAACGAGCAAAAUACAAAGUCGAUCCAUCUUGACAAAUGGAAUUAACCUCAAUUUGAACAGUGAGUGGAUUUGAAAGUGCUGAUUCCUCGUUCUGACAGUAUCGUACACCUGUUACGACUGUCCAGUCGUAACCGCGAGCCCUCGCGGUACACUUGUCAGCCUCUUCAAUUUGAUCGAUUUCUCGAACGCGUCGAUCUCUCGAACGCGUGUCGCUCUCUCUCGAACUCGGUGUGUUCGUGGGAUAUCCGGAAGUCAGAUACAAGUGGAUCGUCUCGUGGUGCGCGUCGGAAAGAACAAGUGAACAAGUAAUGAUACAUUUUAUAUCUUAAAACCGGUAAAGUGCGUAUAACCGAUGAUCACUACGGUAACACCUAAUUAAGUGUACUUCAGUUAACUUACUGUUCUAUUAUUAACGCGAAUAUUAACGGAUUUUCAAUCGUGGCUAGUAGUCGAGUAUAGGGAUACCUCGUUGAUUGUAAUUUUUUCGAAUUUCCUUUCGUCGAAGUGGAAAUUGUUGUCGGUUUAGUACGAGAAAGACCGGUGAUCGAAUUUAAAAAAGGAUAUUAAUGUGAAUGACGGUUUUCGGGUGACAGAUUCUCAAGUACAAUUGUAAGUGGUCGAGAGAUUCUCAAGUAAAGACGCCAUGUAAAGAUUCUAACAAUAAGUAGUCGAAAGAUUCUCAAGUAAAGGUGCCAAGUAAAGAUUCUAAGUAGUCGAAAGAUUCUCAAGUAAAAAUUGAUCGGUGAUUGAAUUUAAUAAAGAAUAUUGAAGUGAAUGUUAGAUUUCGGGUGACAGAUUCUCAAGUACAAUUCUAAGUAGUCGAAAGAUUCUCAAGUAAAGACGCCAAGUAAAGAUUGCACGCGGUCGAAAGAUUCUCAAGUAAAAAUUGCAAGUAGUCGAAAGAUUCUCAGGCAAAGAUUCCGUGAAACGUUCGCAGGAUUACGUGGCGUGUGAAAAGUACUAUUUAAUUACAACGGAAUAUUAAAUUCGCGUUCGAUUUUCGUUGAAAUCUGUUUGACAACGGACACUUUCGAAUAUUUACUUCGCGACAGAUAACAGUGUACGGUGCACGCGAACUGUGAAGUGACCUUUCCGCAAACGAAAAAUACGGUCGGUCCUGUGUAAGUGAACUCGGUCUGUGUUUACAUACGUUCUUCCGUGUUCGGUGUGUUCAUGUUCCUGUAGCGGACAACCAUGAAGGAGUACGAAAUGAAACCGUCGCCGAUGAGGCUUAUCCUGAUUUUCUUCGUUUUUUCCACCACGGCCAUUGUGAAAGGUGAAAGAGCGCAAUACUUUCGAGUGAGACCAACGAACAGUUCUGUCCUCGAAGGUAACGAAGUGACGAUACCCUGCGAGGUUGAAAACAGAGUUGGCAUAGUGCAAUGGGUCAAAGAUGGUUUUGCUUACGUUAUACAACCGAGCGGAGAAAUUGUCGGGCAUCCAAGGCUACGAUUAAUAGGAGAUCAAAACGCUGGUAUCUACAAUCUGAGAAUCACAGACGCUUCUUUGACUGAUGAUGGAGAAUAUCAGUGCCAAGUUGGACCAUAUUUGCGGACUAAACCCAUCCGAGCCAACGCUCAUCUUACCGUUAUCUCACGUCCUCAAAAAGUGGAGAUUAGUAAUUAUCCGAACAAGGACAAGAUCGAGGUAAAGGUGGGUGAAUCUCGUCGUGUAGAAUGCGUGGUUCGAUCAGCGAAACCUGCUGCAACCAUCGUAUGGUAUCGAGGAAACGUGCAGAUCAAAGGGGGUGACACUUCCAUCACACCGAUCUCCAUAGAGGGUGAUAAAGAAGUGCAGAAAGUAGGUGAAAACAAGAAGGAAUUGUUGAAAUACGACACCCAUGGUUCCAUUACCAUCAUACCUACCGCGGAUGACAACGACAUGGAUUACACCUGCGAGGCAAAUCAUCCUGCGAUACCUAUCGACAUGCCUUUAAGGGCCACUAUCAAGCUCUCCGUUUUCUAUCCACCUGGUAUGCCGUACAUCGAGGGAUACACGGAAGGGGAGACGGUCAAACGCGGACAACAGUUGGAGUUAACUUGCCGUUCACGUGGCGGAAAUCCGCCUGCGCAAAUCGUCUGGUACAGAAACGACGAGAAGGUGUCCACCAGGUCUCGUGACGAGAGAACGUUCUCGGAGAACGUGUUGUCCAUCAUCGCCAAAGCGGAGGACAAUAAAGCUCGGUACAGGUGUGAAGUAUCGAACAUCAUGAGCGUCGAACCCAUGAAGGUGCACGUAGAUUUAACCGUCUUAUUUGCCCCGUCCGGAGUGAUCAUCACAGGUCCGACCGAAGCAAAAGCAGACGAGCAGGUGGUGAUCACUUGCGCGACAGAGAACUCGAAUCCAGCGGCGGAUAUAAAAUGGACCGUGGACGGUCACAAUUUCGAAAGCAACGCUUCGAGAACGGAACCAGCCCCUCAAGGGGGAUGGAUCACAACGUCCAACGUAACGUUCAACAUAAGCCGCACCAGUCGCAGUAUCGUGGUGAUAUGCGCCGCCUCGAACGUCAAGCUAACGGAGAACGUCGUCAGAACGCACACCAUAACCGUGAUUUAUCCACCAUCGAAAUUGACCGUCACUGGAUACGAGGAAGGGACGACUAUCGAUGCUGGUACUGUGCUGAGGUUGAUGUGUACAGCCGUGUCUGGCAAUCCACUUGCUACCUUGAGUUGGUACAAGAAUGAUAAAAAGGUACCAGGAACCACCAGGACCCGAGACCAUGCGGUUUCCAGCGAGCUGACGAUACUCGUAAACGCUUCCGACAAUAACGCUCGCAUCAGAUGCGAGGCAGCGAACUCGGCCACCCAAAUUCCUCUGCGCAAAGUCCUCGUUCUAAAAGUGAACUUUCCACCAGAAAAAGUGAAGAUCACUCGUGAGCCACAAAAUCUACACGCGGGCCAAGAGGGUCGUAUUAUUUGCGAAUCGAGCAGCAGUAAUCCAGCGGCAGAGAUGUCAUGGUGGAGGGGUGGCAUCCCCGUACAGGGAACCAAAAACGGCACUAAACCCGGCUUACACGGUGGAUUUCUGUCGUUCGUCGAGCUUGCGCUGGAUGUGACGGAAGAAAUGAACGGGGAAGUGUACACCUGUCAGGCGAGAAACAAUCAAAUGGAGAGGUCAAUUCACGACGCCACCACCCUCGACGUGUUGUACAAGCCGAUAUUCUUCCCGAUAGUACCUUACGAAUUAAUUGGAAUGGAAGGUGAACCAUUCGUGAUCUCUGUCUCCGCUAGGGGAAAUCCUAAUGAUAUUAAGUACACGUGGACCAGAGAUGGUUUACCGUUGGUCAGCAACAAUAGAAGGAUAUCCGUUCGUGGUUCUACGUUAAACAUUACCAAACUGGACCGCCAUGAUGCUGGAACUUAUAUCUGUGAAGCGAUUAACGAGGAGGGAACGACGUUUUAUCAACUGAAUUUAACUGUUCAAUACGCGGCGAAAAUUAAACGUACCUCGGCUUCGGGGAUAGUAUAUCCUCCAGGAAUCGAGGCGAAAUUGUUCUGCGAAGUGGACGGUAGCCCCAUAGGAGACGAGUACGUCACAUGGCAGAAAGUUGGUUCGAACUCGGAGCUCUCCGGGCGAUAUUCCACCUCUUUUAUCAACAAAACUUCCUAUCUACACAUCGAAAACCCUGAUCAAGAAGACGUCGGAGAAUAUCAGUGCAAAGUUAACAAUGGGAUCGGUAACAUUACCUCCGAGCCAAUUCUAUUCGUAACCAAUUUUAAACCGCAAAUGAUGAAUACACCGUUAACCAGGAGAGCAGCUGCUAACAAGGGUAUAAACGUGCAACUAUUUUGCAAAGCACGUGGUUCACCUUUGCCACGAUUUACUUGGACCUUCGAUGGGAAAACUUUGUUACCAAACGUCACCGAGCACAAAUAUGGCAUUACGCAUACCGAUCUGAGCGAAUUAAUUUCUGAAUCGUCGUUGACCAUUUUCCGUGUGACGUCGCACGAUUACGGUGAAUACGAGUGUCGUGCAUCGAAUAAAAUGGGCCAAUCGACUGAUACCAUAUAUUUGGACGUGACGUCGCCACCAGACAAACCGACCGAUCUCGAGGUUUAUAAUGUCACUCACGAUUCCGUCACUCUAAUGUGGAAGAGAGGAUUCGACGGAGGCUUACCGACAUCUUAUCAAAUACGAUGGAGAGAAGCCCUCGACUACGAGGAUCGGUAUCACUACGUGGACGUGUCACCGGGAGUAUAUAAAACCACGAUAACAGGGCUGUCACUGGGGACUUACUAUGUGUUCAGUGUGAAAGCCAUUAACGAGAAAGGAGACAGUGGUUUCCUACCCGACAUUGUCAAAGUCGAAACGUUACGACCGAAUAACGCUGAGAACCAGCCAGACGUUCUCUUGGAAAAGGGGGAUUUUACAAUGAAUUAUAUCUAUACGUUUGCAGCAACAUCCCUCAUCUUUUUUAUCAUUAAUAUCUUGGUCGUCGUGUUGUGGUACAUUAUGAGAAAACGAAAUAAAUCUAGAAUAAACAAAUCGCAGACAGCUGAUAUGUACGCACCGUCGACCGUCAAUGGAGACACCAUGACCGGUGAAUUAAGUUCAGUUUCGGACGAGAAGAGCGACGUUAACUUCGACACUAAUGAUUACGUGGACGAGGGUAGGAAGACAGCAGCCAGCACGUAUUUAAUUGAUCAAACUAUGCAAGAUUUUGGGAAGGGGAACAUGGAAAUGCAGGUACAUCAUCAAGGAACCCUUGGUCGUCGUGGCAACCACAUUCAACCACCUAUGAGCAUGGAUUCACCGCCCCAACGAACUACCGCCAGUGGAACGCUUUCCGGUACAUCUUUUUGUAACGUUUCGAAAUCAAGUUACAUCGGAAACCCCAGUCCAGCCCCGCCGAACGACGUGAACUUCUACAGCGUGGAGAUCGACAACGGGCGCUACAUGGGGUACGAGACGAAUCACAGCCCGAUACCGGUGGUCAGCGAACCAGGUUCAGGCAGCUACUAUCCAUCCAUGAGUCCCACGGGACACAUCAUGUCGAGUCACGUGAACAGCGGAACGGGAACACUGACGCGUAGCAGAACCCUGCCACGUCCAGUACCGCCGCCGGAUGUGACAGUGAUGACCGCCGGUUCGAAGUCGCCGAUACCUCCGUCGGUACCACCGCCGCCAACCACCUUCGCACGUUCUGUGCCCAGCAACGCGCACACCCAUGGUCAUCCAUUGUCAACCUUCACACCCACGCCAGCUUAUUCCGAUAUCGACGGCCAUCUUGUCUGAGGAUCACCGAUAUUCGGCCCCAGUUCGGUGCGUGGUAAAUAUCGCGCCGUGCCGAGGGACGAGACUGUUACCGUUACAGAAAGAACCACCAGGCUCUAAUCUCACCUCGAGGGUGACCUUGAACUUUUGAAUCAUCAGGCGUCACACUCGAGACACAAUCAGCAAGGACUGAAAGAAAAAAAAAUGAAUUCGUUGCUGCUGCAGCAACAACGCUGCGUGAGUUUCGUGUGGGUGCUCCAACGACCUUCUCGUAUAUCCUCCUUGAACCCGAAAAGAAAGUAAUGAAGCAUGUAAGUAGAGUGAGAAACCGUGUACGCUGCGCAUACAUUCACGGUUUUCUAAAGUGAUAAUUUUAAGAUGCACGCGGUACGUCGUUGCGAUUUAGAAUGCAUUCCUUAUUGCUCGUUUCGUUAGUUUUCAAGGACAUAUGGUAAAUCAUUUCGCAUAUCACGUGGUCGAGUUGAAGAAACGGUGAACAACUAGCUGGAAUGAAAAGUCGGAAGAUAUCUUCGUGACACCAGUGAUUCAUUUUAUUUUGUAGGUAUUCGUUGUGCCGAUUUCAUACAGUGACACGUGAACUGAUACGUACAGAGGUAAAGUAUGAACUUACGAAUACGUUCAUUUACAAUGUACAAUAGGUAUUUGAUCCUGCUUCAAUGAUAAUUCGAACAACGUCCUGCUGGCGGUACUAAAGUUUUUCAUCCGGCUCGGCUAAUUUUACGUCCUAUUAGUAGGACUAUUAAUUGUAUGAAUUAUCAUUAAGCAUUGACAGGACAAAGGUACUGAUGGUUUCAAAGAAAAAGAAGAUGUCUGUGAGAUAUCUUUCGAUGGCAGCAACUCUUUUGAAAGUAAAUCAAAGAUUUAGUAUAUCCGUAGUAUCAUCGAAGUAACGCUGCUCUUUCAGUGUCACCGUGAAAAUCGCAUAUUCGCGUGUUUCCUUCGUUCUUUCACGAAUACGUACGACCGUCCAUGGUUUCGUUUGAAAAUUGGUUGAGGAAACAUCGGUCUACCCCGAUACUUGGCGGGCUAUUGUUUGAAAUUCUUGAAGGAAGCGAGACAAUCGUUUUACACAGGGAAACAGUUGACGGAAGUUUGUAAACGGUAGUGAAAUUCAACUGAUUUCCUUCUUCCCUUACCAUCUUGCUCAUUACACGCGGCUGACUUUGUUGAAUCGAACAGAGCGUUACUCGCAAUGAACAGAAGCUAGCGUACGAAGAGCUGGAUUAUAGGUAUUAAAAAUAUUAGGCAACGUUUAGAUAAGAAAAUUUCUAAUGCACGAGACGUACAAGUGAUUUCAGCUUUUAUCCUCUUGAGCUUAAUAAAAUUUUAGCGAAAUUCAGUUGUUAAGAAUAUCCAGGAACGACUGAAAUUGCGAUCAAAAUUUUCGCGCUUCUCGUGGCGGGAAACUUUUGAGAUCGCGAAAAUACAUAAACUUCCUUUUUCCGCGUCUUUUUAUUUUGCAAAUAUGCAUUUCAAACGUUUACGUAGAAAACAAAGUUUUCACUGCCGAAUUCUAAAGUCAAUACUACGAAUAGUUUAAUUGGUUACAAUUAUCGUGUAAAGAGACGCGUUCAAACGCCGUUACAUCGUUGUUGCGCUCUUUGCAUGAAAUGGCCAUCGCCAUUCAAACUGUUAUAACAAAAUGAAUGUUUUCGUUUGCCAAUUGAGUGAUUAUCAAGUUUCGUUUAUGGAACUCGAUCGUACGGCAGAAAAUAUUAAUGAAACCAUGACAAAGGUUGGGAAAAUAUCUACAAGUUGAACAGUUUUCACGUGACAGUCAAACGCGCGUUGAUUUAACAAAUGAUUUAUCACGCAACGCGGUACUUUAUGCAACUAAUUUUACAAGAAACAAAAAUUGUAAAGGAUGCCAAAUGUUUGCAAACGAUGAUGUUUGUGAAAAGAAAAAGAAGAAUAGUUAGUAAGCGAUCUUCUUUUUUAAUAUAACGUUACGAUAUAUGAAAGAUUUUUACUGCUUUCACUUCACUGCCUAAUUUUGUAUUUUCGUACCGCGAUCGCGAUACCUUUUUUUACAAGAAUCGUUAACACGUGAAAGCCGUUGACUUAUUACCGAGAUCUCGCUAAAAAUGACAGUUGCUUCGAGCCACUUAUAUUUCCUACUGAAAAUAUAAAAAAUUUAAUAAAUAUAUACAUAAUAUCGCAACGAAAUGAAAAAUUUGAAAGGGAAAUGUAAUCAACAUAAUCAGUGAAGUUUGUUAAAAUAAUUAUAAACGAAAAGGAUAGAAAUGAAGGAAGUAAAAGUGAACGUCUUGGAGUAGUGAUAUCUUGAAAAAAGACAAUAGUACAUAAGUUUAAUUAUGCGAGUAUGAGUUUAGUUAAGAGUAAUCUAUAUUUCCCUGGCACAGCCAAGUUAGAAGUUGCAUUUGCAUAAGAACGAUCUUUAUGCAAAACGAUAAGACAGAAAAACGUAGUUCAACUAAAUGUUUAUACAUAUAUAUUUUUGCAAUUUAUUUCGAUUGAAUUGAUUAUCCUUGUAUAUAGUGCGAUAUGUCUCAGCGUUUCAUACACGUACACGUACACGUACACGUAAACACACACACUUCAGAAACAAAAACAAAAAAGGGAAAAAAAGAAGAAAAAAGAAGUAAUUAAAAAAUGGAUCAUAUGAGGGUCUCACUUUACCUAAGCUAUAAUAAAGUAUUUGUAUAGGGUUAUUAUGCUAGGCCACGUAUUGUAAUCUGAGAAACAUUAUUCCAGUUAUCGGACGAGACAACGUCUUUCCGUUUACCGAAAGCCUAAGUAGUCGACAUAUAUUUUUGAAAAGAAAGCAGAGAAAAUGAAAAAGAGAUAGAAAAUGAUCGCAUAAUCGUUUGGCCUAUCGUAAGGGAGAGACAACACAUGAUUAUUAGGGAUGGGAUCCAAGUAGAUAUUAUUACAAACAGGUUCGAAUUCUUCAAGUACAGUACCGAGCAUAGUAAAUUUACUUAAGGAAAAUUUCCUUCUCGAUACUGUACACAUCAUAGAAUUUUUCUGCAUAUAGAAUUCUAAUUGCAUAGGUAAAUGAAAAUUUUUCAUUCUAAAAUUGACUUAAAUUCAUAAAUACUUGAUCCCAUCCCUAAAACGCGUCAUCAGCAGCGAAAAACUCAUAGUAUCAGUCGACAAACGUGUAAAUUUCAUUCAAUUUCCAUGAAGAUCGUACAAUCAAUACGCGUCCAAUCUAAAUUCCUUCUUUUACUGGAAAACGAACUGUCGUUCCACUUCUAAUUUGGCUCGCGUAUUGUACGACUAUAAUUUAAGGAACACGUAAAUUAGUAAGAUUGCUCAAAAUAUACAUGAAUAUUUUUCGAGCAAUCGUACUUGUAUGGUAAGAAUCUCGAGCUAAUCGUAUCAUACUCUAUUUUCGCCUCUUCAUUUUCCCACGGUGCGAUUCGCGGAGGACGUUUACGAUAGAGCCUCUAUCAUUUCUCUGUUAUCAGAAAAUUAAAAAAAGACACGUAACAGAAGGAGGAAAGAGAUGAAGUUACACGUGACGAUAUAAAAAAAAAAAGGAACUCAGAAGCGUAUGCACACGAAAUUGAUAUUGUAUACUUUCCGCACCGUUGUCAUGUGUGUUUUAUGCUUGAGAAACUGUUUGAAAGUUUUACGGAUAUUCAAGUUUUUCGUAGCAUGCGCUAUUGUUAUUUCAUUAAGGGAGGAGAAGGAGGAGGAGGAGAAGGUGGAAGUGUAGAAGACGAAGAAGGAGGUGGACACUGAUUUGUUACGGUAGAUUCUACGAAAGCUUAAAUAAUUAAAAAAAAAAAAAAUAACGUGUAUUGUUAACCGCUGCUGUUGUGUAUGGAGCCGCACAGUUCGGCUUAGACUGAUGAUAAAAAAAAAAAUUCACGUAUGCUCAAUUAGAGAACAUGUUUGCGCAUAAUUAAGAAUUCUAUUUACAUAUACAUGUUUUAUAUUUGUAAUUAACGAAAAAUCAUCUAAUACUUAAUAUUACCUGAUAUUAAAUUAGAUUAUGUAAUCUCCAAAGUAUUUGCUCAUCAAAGUGCUAGGCAUGUUAGACGGACCGAUAUUUCGUCCAAAAUGGUACCUUGGAGAUGGACAUACCAUCUAACAGUACGAUAUUUGAUAUUUUACACAAUAAUUAAUAAUUCCGUUGAUUAUUCUAAGACAUAGUCAAUCCUAAUUAUACAAUCAUUAAGGUACGAGGAUAUAAAUUAACCGUUUUACAUGUAUAUACUGUACAUAUACGAAACUUAGAUAGACAAGAUGAUGAUGAUGAUGAUGAAAGAGGGGGAAGAUGAAAAAAAAAGAAUUCAAAUGCAUAACGAAUUAUAUAUCAAAUUAAGAAAAUACGAUCGAGAGCUUUCGUAAAAUAGGUACUAAAAAUGUUCGUAUCAAUUUUGAUGGUUUUUCUUGGUAAUCAUUUUUUUCUAUUCUUUUAAACACGAAGAGAAAAUGAUUCUCACCGAGCGACGUCGGCCUUUUUUUUUUGAAAGGGGAACGACAUAAAAUUGCCCACGAAACUUGCGUAUUUAUAUUGUAUAAAUCGCCGAAAGUGACGUAACGAAUUUUAUCGUAACGAACUUAUCCGUUCCAAAAUUACCAUUUCCACAAGAGGCGAAGACUGGUAAACACCGAGCCGUUCAUAAAUGGUGUUCGAACGACUCGAUUUUUCUAUUGAAUUUCGAUUUCUUGUUCGAUAGAGUUAAAAAACAAAAGAAACACGAGAAUACUUUGAUCUCCGAUACAAUCGUUGCGUUUCAUCAUUUGUAAAAGCGCUAAGAAGCUCUCGAAAGUAGUCGAUUUUAAAGAACUACAUACACAUAUAUAUUUUUUAAAUACUCGGCAACUAUCAAACGAAUGGCAAAAUCAUUGAUAUUCACAUUUAAUUUAAACUUUAUAUUAUUUAAAAACAAAAGCAACGCGAGAUUGGAACAGAAAUAAUAAUGAAAUGUUAAUUUAAUGAAGGGAUAUCUUGCUCCAAUUGAGCGAUGCAAAAAUAAAUGAUAUAUCGUUAAUUGUUAAGCGUAUCAUCGGAUAUAUGUUUGCUUCCGUUUGUGUGCCAACAAAAAUAAAAAUAAAAAAUCGACAUUCUUGGUGUAUAAAAUAUAUGAAACGUAGCGAGACGAUGUUAUUGUUACGCGGGUACUUUAUUUCGAUCAGAAUUUAUAAAACGAAAUGUAAUUGUUUGGAGCAAUCGUCGCUGUUCGUAAGUACAACCGAUAAUGAACAACUGAAAAAUGAAAAAAAAAAAGAAAAAAGAAAAUAAUAUACUGAUGAAAACGGUAGAGAAACUCUCCGAUGAUAAAGACAGAGACAACCGUGUAAUAUAAACUAAGGAUACCAAGCGAUUGGUAUUACAUUAAUUACUUGUAUAUAUACAUAGUAUUUUUACAUUCUAAUUCUAAAUUACAUUUCCAAUUCUAAAUGGUAUACAUUUACUCUGUGAGCUUCGCUUGUCGUCUGUGUAAAUCGUUGAUGACGAUUAUGGACGUGAAUUACAAUUUUGGAAACACGAGUUCCAGCCGGUGAAGCGUUUUAAAUGGCGAUGAUUAUCGUAUACAUCCCAUCCUUUGUGCUCAUUUCACUGCACGUUUUUGCACAAGUCUCAAUAACACACGCCUCGUGCCUUCAUCGCACCUUAAAUUUAAUAGAAACACAUGCAACAUUAUGGUCACACGAAGUGUCUUUAAACGCAACUAUAGUACAUUCUAUUAUAUAUUUGUCCUGAUAUUUUGCUAUAAUUGGAAAAAUUAACAUAUUAACUAUACCAUCUUACAAGGAGAACACAAUUUAUCAUUUAUUAAAUAAUCAAUCAUUCAUAGAAUGUUUGGACCAAUUCUCUCCUUGUCUUUUAAUUACAUUUCAAAAAUUGUUCAAUCUGAAAAAUUGUCCACCCUUCAUAUGAUAGAAUUUCUAAUAUCUCGCUAAUAGUUUCGUGGAAACAUACAUCGUGCGACUGUAUGGAAUAUUCAUACGCGUAAUUAAACUUCUACUAAAAAAAAAAAAAAAACAACU